CACGCUUCCGGGUCUGGUUUGCUUGCUGCCGGAGGAGAGGAUGCGGAGCUGCGAGAGCAGCAAGAGAAGGAGAAGCGCGGAUAUCUCGUCCACCAUGUGAAAGAGGAGCGCCCGACGCCCUACUCCGAGGCUCCUUCCCCCCUGGUCAGGUGAGGGGUUCUCCUGUCCAUCAGGCCAGUGUUUAUUUAUUUUUGUGGGGGUGAGGAUUCCUAAGAAGUGUAGGUAACGAUGCUGUGGAAAUAACACUAAUUUUGGGGGGGAGUGCGGGGGGGAAGAGAUGUCAUGAGCAUCUUUUUUUUUAAUGGAGCCGUCUUGUUCAGAGGUAGUCUACCUCUGAAAAGCAAUGUUGCUCGGGUGGGGUGCGAAGCAGUGGUGCAGAGUUUUCUCCUUGAUGUCAUUUUUAUUAGUAUUAUCAUUUCUGUGGUGCGUGCGUGUGUUUAGUCUGGCUAACGAGAAAGGGGUGUAUCUAUUAGCCCCCAGAGUUUAAUGGAUGCUCCCUGCCCAGAAGCAGUCUAUCUCGAAUGCCACAGUUCAGCAGCAGAACAUGUGCCUGUGCAUGUGGUAGAGCUCAGGUUCAAUAUUUGUUUUGCCUAGGUAAGGUGGUGGUAAGAACCUCCUGCCUGCCUGAGAACCUUGGACAGCUGCUGCCACAUCAGAAUAGACAAUACUUUAGCUUACACAGAAGACUAAGAAUUUGACUUGUAUCAUGUUACACAUUUAGGAGGUGGGGAAAACCAACAGGGAAGAGUGUUCACCAUCAUGUCCUCCUUCAUUUCCUUCAUUUCCUUCAUUUGCAAGAGGUGUGCAAUAAUUAUUUUUAGUGCUCAUGCACUUUGAAUCAAGAGACUCAUCCUUGAGACAGCAAAACUAGCUUCUGCAGAGGAGCUGCUUAAACAGUGUUGCAUGCUAUCUGAUAGAUUAACCUUUAUCAUGUAGCAAUGAACUUUUUAUCAUGUGGUAUGCAAGGCUGCUUAAGCAGUUCCUCUGAAGCAACUGGUUUUGUUGUGUCUAAAAACACAGUGAGUCCUUGUAAAAUCUGAUUCCUAUGCACUUUUGAGGUUUUCUCCUUGAGAACUAAUGCCUCUUCUCCCUCCCUCCCUCCCUCCCUCCCUCCCUCUCUUUUCUUUUUGCUUACUCUGGAAGCAGAAGCUGGACUAGAUGAACCUCUUAUCCAAUCCUCUGGGGCUUCUAUUUCAUAUUAAGCUGCUCCCCAGAAAGUGUGGAGUAUUAGUAAUGCUGUGGCUGCAAACCAACUUUCUUAGAAGUCCCAGCUAAGUUAUUCUGAGUAAUCAUGUAUGCAUGAGAUAUCUCAGUUAAAAGGUGGACCUUAAUGACCCUCUAAGGUAGGUCAGUAUUAUCUCCAUAUUGCAAGCAGGGGUUUGACUGAACUUGGGAGAACAGUGAAAUAUUUAUAGCUGUCUGGCUUUUGGUAAGAUUUGAACUGGAAAGCUUCAAGUUCACAGCUCAGUCUCUUACUCACUCCGCUGCUUUGUGUCAGCAGCAGAUGGGAAGUUGUAGUAGAGGAAACAAGGUUGGCAAAGGCUGCUUUAUAUUAAUUGGGGAGGUGAUGAGAACUACAUUUCCCUUCCCUGAGGAGGAGGAAGAGAGCAAAGCUCAUGUGGAUCCAUGGUCCCAUUUGAUGUGUACGUUUGGGAUGCAAGUGCUGGGUUUGUUUGGAUUGCUAGUUUUUGAUCCCCUUGCCUUCCUUACUCUUACAUACACAUCAAGUCUUCCUGGAAUGCAUCCCUUUUACUUUUCAAGAAAUCAUACAGUUUCAAUUCUCCCCCCCCCCCCCCCGAUUUCUCAACUAGUCUCUAGCAUUGUUAUGUGGCCUGCAAUUCUUUCAAAAAGUCCAAUGAAAUGUUUCCAGUAAAACUCCUCUUUUUUGGCUGAAAGUAUCAUUUUACUAGUUCUUUUAAAAAAUCACAGAUCUCUCCCAUAAGAAAAGCCCUGCCAGAUCCCAAAAGGUCAAGCUAAUUCACUGUUCUUCAUCCCUGGGUCCCCAGAUGAGGUUGGACUACAACUCCCAUCAUCCCCAGCUAUUUUAGCCAAUGGGAAUUGUAGGAUGAUGGGAGUUGUUGUCCAACAUAUGGGGACCCGAAGCUGAAAAGCAUUGGCUGUAAUCCACCAUCUUUCUUCCUGCAGUGGCCAACCAGAUACUUCUGGAAGCCCUUAACCAGAGCAUAAGAUCAACAGCUCUACCCCAGCCUCUGUUCUUUAGAGACAUACUGGCUUUGAAUACGGAGUUUCUAAAUAGGCAUCCUGGCUUAGAGGGAUUGAUAGACCUCUGCUUUCCCAUGCUUUCGGCUAAUCCCUUUUUAAAGCCAUUUAAUGUAGUGACCAACAGCAUGUCUUGUGACAGUGGGAAGAGUUCUGCUGUUAGUUGUCUUUUAAUUUUACCAAAGCAAAACUCUAGAAUUUGAGUUAUUUAUCUUGUUUUACUGUGCUGCCUUUUCUCUUGGCACUUUUAUUUAAUUUAUUUAUUUUUAUUUAUUUUUGCUUUAGAAAAGCCAUAAGCACUUUCUCAUGAUUUAGCAAGUUGCUGUUGCUAUGGCAACAGGUGUUUUCUCAACAGAGCCAAGUUCCUUUCUACCUCAGAGAUGCUCUUAAUGCAUUCAGAGCUGCUUAGAGUUUGUCUGCCUGUGACAUUAGAGUAGUCAUUACUUGCUCUACCUCUGUUCCUUAAAUCCCCUGUUUCUCAUACAUGUCUGCAAUCUGAGACCUAGGUGUAGCAUCACCAUAAACGAUGCCUUCUGUUGUGUGGCUGAUGCUUAUAGCAGUGAGUAAUUUAAAAAAUAGACCACAUGGAAAAGAAAUAGAGGAAUGAAGCCUGAUUACUUCUGAUUACUAGUGGUUUUACUAUUUAUACCUGGGUUACCUGUUCGUGCUGUCUUCGAAUUAUGUUGGAUAAUGUUAGGAAUGUUUUUAAUGUUUGAAGUUUUAUUCUGUUUAAUACUCUGUUGGGAGCCGUCCAGAGUGGCUGGGGAAACCGAGCCAGAUGGGUGGACUAUAAAUAAUAAUUAAUAAUCAUGUAAUUAUUAUUAUUAUUAUUAUCAAGCACCAACAAUGUUAUAAAAUAAAUAAAAAAGAAGAGUUUUGUAGUUUCUCUUUUUUAUUUAUACUAUAUCUGUAUACUACAGUGGUACCUCGCAAGACGAAUGCCUCGCAAGACAAAAAACUCGCUAGACGAAAGGGGUUUUUGUUUUUUGAGCUGCUUCGCAAGACGAUUUUCCCUAUGGGCUUGCUUUGCAAGACGGAAACGUCUUGCAAGUUUGUUUCCUUUUUCUUAACACUUUUAAUACAGUUGCGACUUGACUUCGAGGAGCAACUCAUAGAACGCGGUGUGGUAGCUUUUUUUGAGGUUUUUAAAGACUUUGGUGAUUUUUGAAGCUUUUCCAAAACUUUCCCGACACUGUGCUUCGCAAGACGAAAAAAACCGCAAGACGACAAAACUCGCGGAACGAAUUAAUUUCGUCUUGCGAGGCACCACUGUAUUUUAUCUUGUAUUUAUUAAGGGAUUGUUAGUUUAACUUCAUAAUACUUUUAUACUGUUUUAUUGUUGUUAGCCGCCCUGAGCCCGGCUUCGGCUGGGGAGGGCGGGAUAUAAAUAAAAUUUAUUAUUAUUAUUAAUAAUAAUAAAGUUCCAUUUUGUGAUAUAAGCCAAUGUGAUAUUGACAGAUAAAGCAGGGACAGGGAGCUGAAGCCAAACCCAGCUUCCAAAGGCUUCUCAGCACAGGUCCUGAACCUAAGCCCUGUUUCCUUUUAUAUAAUUUAUUGCUUCAGUGGGACAAAUCUAUUUCAGAAUUCAUUGGCUUGGAUUCUUUUUUCCUUGCAAGUUUUUGUAUUUGUUUCUGAUUUAACACUUGGCAGAUUUCUCUUGAGGUUGAUAGACCUCAAUUUAAAACUUAUUCACCCAAAAUCAAAAAGGUGCUAAACUGAUAUACUGUUGUUGUUGUUUCCCUUUUUUUAGUACUUACUCCUAAGAUGUGAACUUUAGGUGUCAUGACAAGUAAUUGUCUUGCAGCUUCAUGCUGCCAGCACCUGCCUUUUCUGUUUAGAAAAUCCUGGAGGAAGUGCUGGCUGGCUGGAAACCUGAACAGGAACACUCAUGGGAAGGGGCGGAAGAUACUCUUAAACAUUUUGUUGCAAUGCCCAUUUGUUACUUAACACUGAUUUACAGAAACUACUAGGCUUAUAAAACAUGAACAGCAUAUUUAUGUUCUCAUAGAAACAGAGCUGGAAGGGAUCUCAGAGGUCAUCCAGUGCAACCCUCCUUCUCAUGUGGAAAAUCCCAUUACACAUCACUAAUUUAAAAAAAGGCUACCAUGCAGUCCAUUAGAAGAUGGAGGCAGAUCCCAGGCAGUCUGUUAGAUUGCCAAGUAGCUUAUAAAGACAGGACAUUUUUACUAACAUUUAGUCAAAGUCCCCUUCCUUGUUAUUUGAACCUGUUGAGUCCCUAUCCUCUGGAGCAACAGCAAACAAACCUGCUCUGUCAACUGUGUCUGGAGACACUUGCAGUGACAUCUCAGGUGUCAAAUGGGAGAAGCUGCUCCAACUGCUCUUUGCUUCAGACAGCUACAGGGCUAGGGGACAAAGGUGCCCCUCACUCCUUCUCUUGCUAACAAGAACAAAUAAGAUAAGCUGUUUAUAGUGUCAUUCUUGGAAAUGUGACAAUAAUUGACCAGUCAGUUGACUAGCAGGCUUUACCCUAAUCCAACAAUAGUGAGCGGGGUGCCUCUCCAUUUUUUCUGGGCUAUAGCACCCAACAGUGACAGGCAGCAAGGCCUAUUGAAAGGAACGAUGGGCACAGUAGUCUGUAACAUUUGAAAGGCAAUACACUGGGUACCCCUGUACUACUCUUGUCCUUUGUGCCACUCUGACAGCACAGGGCCACUGCAGGUCUUAGAUCGUAGAUUCUCAGAAUCAGAGAAGAUCUUUACUUGUUCUAAGAUGUUAAACCAACCUUGAAUCCUUAUCUUAAUUAGCCUCAGCUACUUGUAUUCUGUGCAGAUCCCAUGCAUUAUACUGACUUUCUUAAAGUAAAGGUUGAAGGGUUUAAUAUGGAUGGAAACAAGAAUUGAUAUCUGCUUUUUUCUGCUAUAUAUACUUAGAAUGUUUCUAGUACCAGAUUGUACAGCACCUGUAAUUUGAGAGAGAUGCAGAUCAGGGCUGAGAAAACCCCAGCUCCCAAGUUCCCCUUGGAGUGCCAAUAAAAUGUGAUGUAGACAUUUAGAAAUAGUGGAUUUUCUCCCCAUGCCCUAACUCCAGGCUGUCACCCGAGAUCAGCCUUUCAAAGCCCAGUGCCCUCAAGAAAAUUUGGGCUACAACUUCUAUCACCUCUGACCUUUGGCUAUGCCUAGCUAUUGGAAGGAGAUUGUAGUUCAAAACAUCUGGAGGGGCAGUAGGUUGGCAAAGUCCGCCCUAGACCCUUCUGAGCAUUUGUGUUACUAUUGCUACCACUAAAGCUUCCAUUUUAUAGUCCUUUCAUGGGUGCAUUCUUGUGAGAAUCUUUGGUGCAUAUUUAUGCGUUUAUUUGGGUUUCUAGCCUGCCCCAUCCCAAAGUACUCAGAGCUCAUAAUAUUUAAGUGGAUCUGCCCUCUCGUAAUGUUUGACUGCUAAAAGACAGUUGGAAUGAAAAUAUUUUAUGUGUACAAAAGCUUGCAGUACAGUGGUACUUCUGGUUAUGAACUUAAUUCAUUCCAGAGGUCCGUUCUUAAGUUGAAACCAUUCUUAUCCUGAGGCGCACUUUCGCUAAUGGCGCCUCCCACUGCACAACUUCUGCUCGCAUCCUGGGGCAAAGUUUGCAACCGGGAGCAACUACUACUUCCGGUUUAGCAGAGCUUGUAACCAAAAGCAUGCGUAACCAGAAGCGUUCGUAAACCAGAGGUCCCACUGUACUGAAAAGUGGAGAUGGAGAAAGUCUGCUUCAAGUUUGCAAAUAGCUGCAAACUUGCAAAUAGCCAUUCAUCUGUGGCAGGUCGCAAUUGGAUCCAAAUUUUGAAAACUCAUAGAGAAAGUUGGUUCUUUCAGGUUUUCAGAAUGGCAGAAAUGGACAUGAAAGGCUUGUAAAAAAGUGUGUGUGCGCGCGCGUGCGCGCACGCACACAUGUGCUAAUACAUUUGGGGGGAUUUAUUUAUUUGCAAAGUUGGGUCCACUUUCAUAGUCUUGAAAACCAAUGUUCAUCUUUUGCAGCACACUGAUGAAAUGGAGCCUGGAACAAAUUCUUUCAGAGUGGAGUUCCCUGACUUCUGUAGCACCGUUUUGCAGAAGCUGAACCAGCAACGCCAGCAAGGACAGCUCUGUGAUGUUUCUAUUGUUGUUCAGGGACAUUUGUUCCGAGCCCACAAAGCUGUCUUGGCAGCCAGCUCCCCUUACUUCUGCGACCAAGUGCUCUUGAAAAACAGUCGACGGAUUGUUCUGCCUGACGUCAUGAACCCCAGAGUGUUUGAGAACAUCCUUCUGUCAACUUACACUGGGCGCCUGGUGAUGCCUGCGCCAGAGAUUGUCAGCUACCUCACAGCGGCAAGCUUUCUUCAGAUGUGGCACGUGGUAGACAAAUGCACUGAGGUGCUAGAAGGAAACCCUUCCGUUCUUUGUCAAAAGUUGAAUCGUGCCAGUGACCACCAGUCCCCCAGCAGCAGUAACUACAAUGGCCUGGUGGAGAGCUUUGAGAUAGGGUCUGUGGGGCAGGCAGACUUCCACAAAGUGCAGGAUGGUGAAAAUGAAGAGGAAAGCUCGAAAGAUGAACUGUUGUCUCAGCUCACAGAACAUGAGUAUCUCCCCAGCAAUUCUUCAACGGAACAUGACCGUCUGAGCACAGGGAUGACAAGCCAGGAUGGAGAGGAAGGAGCAAGCGACAGUGCUGAGUAUCAGUACGCCAGGCCCCUUUACAGCAAACCGAGCAUCAUGUCUCACAAGCGGUGGAUCCAUGUGAAGACAGAAAGGUUUGUGCAGGACUGCGAAGGGGUGGAGGUGCAUGGCCCUUACGAUGAGCAGCAGGUGUCUGAAUCCAUGAAUGCCAUUCAGGUGAGCCACUCUUUCCCGACGUCUGGCCCCGAAGACCUUCGUGUCAAUGAAAAAAAGAUGGAGACAGAGUUUGGUGAGCAAGCCAAUGAAAGCAAUUACGAUGAGCAAGUGGACUUCUACGGCUCUUCCAUGGAAGAGUUUUCUGGGGAAAGGGCCGAUGGGACACUCAGCCUUCAGAGACAGGACGCUGGGGUUGCUGCAGGUUAUGGAGAUAGCAUGGACGUGCCCUCGGGGAUCAAGGAAGAAAAUGCCCUGUCUGGGUUCUCCACAGCUGACAAACUUUACCCCUGCCAGUGUGGCAAAAGCUUUACCCACAAAAGCCAGAGGGACCGCCACAUGGGCAUGCACCUCGGCCUGCGGCCUUACGGUUGUGGCGUGUGUGGUAAGAAGUUCAAAAUGAAGCACCACCUUGUUGGCCACAUGAAAAUUCACACUGGCAUCAAGCCUUAUGAGUGCAACAUUUGCGGGAAAAGGUUCAUGUGGAGGGACAGUUUUCAUCGGCAUGUAACAUCUUGUACAAAGUCAUACCAAGCCUGUAAGGUGGAGCAGAACACUACUGAGAUGAAUUGAAAACAGGUGCCAGGCAGUGGUGUGCGGAGAGUGUAUGGGAAGGGAAAAGGCAGAGAGAACCAGAUUACAUAACUGCAUCAUAGAGUAACACAGAAUGUAUAUGUUGCACAGAGUGUGCCAUGUACUAUGCUGCUGAGAUUCUGGAUGGUUGUUUUUUUAAAAAAAUAAUCCUAUAGCACAAGUGGGAUCACCUGUGGAGGCAAGCAGGGAAUUCUGCCCGGGCUACAAGUAAGGAGGCAAGUUUGAGUGGUGGUACUUUAGUGUAAUUAUAAUUAUUGCUAUUUAUUAUUCUUUGUGUUUUGGUAGCACUUGAGGAGAGGGGUUCCCUCUCAUCUCAUUAGUGUUCUCUGCUCUCAGUGAGUCUGCAUAUAGAUAGCUGCACAUCCUGAGCGCCUUGGUUGGAUGACUGUCGCCUCAUGUUCAGAAGUCCUUGUGAUUUUGUUCAGCCAAAUAGAUAUAUGAGCAGUUACCUUUUUUGAACCAAAGGGGCAAUUAUAGAUACUUUAACACAAGUUGCUAGACAACUUUCAGGGGCCGACAGCUUUAACAAGCGGCUGCUUUUUUAAUCAGUCAAGCUUUGAGUUCCAUUGACUGGCUCUGUUUAUCUUGGCAGAGUGAUUCUGCGUCAUGCUUAUUUUUUAAUUCUUUUGUAAAGCACUUGGCUAUUUUGUGAUGGACACUUUAUAUAGAGACAGAUUAAACUAUAACCUCAUCUCUCUCCAACUCCUCAACCCCUCUCCCUGUUGUGCCUCAUACAGCUAGCCAGUCUGCACUUUUGGCUGCCACAAUAGUGAGUAUCAUGUUUGCUCCCCUGUUGGAGAUUAAAAUGCUCUUUUUCUGGCACUUGAGAUUCCAGGCAGACAUCUGUCCAGUUUUCAUUUUUUUCUGUUUUGGGGUAUUUGCUUUGGGAAGUGUUGGUUAGGUACCAGGACUUCAGAGAACAAAAUCCAAUGUACUGAAUUCUGUGUCGCGGUUUGCAAUGAACACUUUUGGUACUGAUUUCCUCACUUAACUCAGGUGGGGAGCCAUGAGGGACUGAGGCUGGGGAAACAGCUCUAAAGGAACUUACUCUGCAUCACUCGCUAAGGAAGCUGCUUGAUGAUUAAGAAUCAAAGAAUAGCUACUGCUGGAUGCUCCCCAACGGUGCUGUGCAGACGUCUCCAAACCUGGAAGCAGCUUGUGGAUUUCUGAACAUGAUUCUUAUCCUCUGUGAAGGAAGAAUUUUUAAACACUGGAUACUUUUUUUUUGUAACCACAAGUAGUUUAAAAUUUUUAAAACUAGAACUGCUGUUAUAUUCCUUCCUUCUCACUCCUUUGGUCACCCCAACUACAGGGUGAAUGCACAAGAUGGAAGAAACUUGGAACGGUCAAAGCAUUUUUGCUGCUGUUUGAUAGUAAUUGGGGCGCAGAAAUCCCCCAUAUUUGCUGUGGACAGAGGUUGCCAUAUAUGUUGAUUGGCAAAUGAGGUGUUUCCUUAACAGAAUACUCUGUUAAGGAGGCUUGCUAGUGCCAAGGCAUGUCAUUCCGCCCCCGCCCCGCCCCCAAACUUCAGCCUGAAUAGAAAAAGAGGUGGGGAGAUUGGUGGACCUUGUGCAUAUUCACGUAGGCAAACAUUUCUGGGGUUAUUACCCUCUUCCCUUAACUACAGAGUUUAAACAAACUUUUCAUGUGAUAAGCUGGGCCUGGAAUAUGAGUGUCUGGCACAAAUAUGGGUUUGGUUGUUUGGUAAGGUUGUAGUGCUGCAACUUCUCCUUUGGUGGAACUAUUUAAUGGCUUUUACUUACAAAAAAACAUGUUAAAAGCUUUUCUAAAUCAACACAAGAUCAAUUUUUGAUACAUCUUUCCCCCCCCCUCACUCAUAGGCAAUCCAUUUAUGAUAUUUUUGUUGCAUGCAACAAGAAAUAAUCUGCCGUUUUCCCUGCUUAGAAGAGCUCAGCAGCACACCAGGGUGGAAAUGACUGUCACUAACUUGAACCCUACCAAACAAGUUAACCCAACAGGGAUCUUCUUGCUAACACUGUAACCUGCUAAAUGUAUAGAAGCACUUUGUAUUUAAAAACAAAACAAAAACCAUUUAUAAAUGUUUUUUUUAGAACUUCCAAGAUAGAUAUAUAUAUUCCCUCUGGUUUGUUUUCUUAUUCAUGUUGUCCGUUCAAUUUUUUCCUUGUCUUCAAUCUUGAAAUUUUAUAUUGAUAAGAAGCUUUUGAUUUAUAUGAGCACAGGGUCUGGGGUUUGUGUAAGAAGAACUGAUCCUAAGGGUCUGCUUUUAGUUUUGUCUUCUUUUUUUAAAAAAAAUCCUUAUUGCCUUAGAAUCUCCAGGAAGCCAUUUUAUUUGCAAACUUCUACAACAGGUGUGGGGAAACUUGGACUGCCCAGUUGCUGCUGAACUACAGCUCCAUCAUCCCUGUCCAUUGGCCAUGGUUGCUGGCUGAUUGGAGUUGUAGCUCAAAUGUUCCCUGCUCCUGUUCUUUAGGCUCUGGGAAAGAGGGCCUGUACUUCUUACUGCUCCCCACAGCCUUUCUCAGCUUUCCUUGCGCUGUGACCUCACUCAAACGUUUCCUCUGUGCUGCCAAUCUAGCCAUAGCAAAUGGAAGGAAGGCUCAACCUGCCCCAUUCUGACUGCCAACAUUUUCUACCUGCCCUGCUAUUGUGCUCUUAACUGCUUCUUGAUGUGACACAUUUAAGCAGGCAAAGCUUUUCCUGCAAUGGAGAACUGGGAGUGGGGAAACCUCACCUGUUUAAAUGUUGCAUGUUAAGCAGCUACAAGAGUCAUUGGAGCAGAGGCCUGACAACCCUACUCCAAACCAGAGUUCCUUCAGGCCUGCCACAAAUGCCCUUUUGCUUAAUCCACUGGGGAGUUCUUCUGUACAGGCACCAUAGAUGGGAAGCUGUGCAAGAAUGGUUCUCCUUUUGCUUCAUAAGGGCUUGUGCAUUUAGACUUCUUGGCUGGAUUAUCUCCCUCUAUUAGCUUGAUGCCUUCUUUGGACAGUACAUACAGAGGUCAAUUGAGUUUAAGUUUUUGAAUAACUUAUGACUACAGAGCUUUGAAAUGUAGGUAAGAUGGUAAGGGGUUUCCUACUGGAGUGUAAGAUAUACAAGAACCUUUCACUGGCCCAGUUCUCAUGUCAUGGUAACCCAGUGGCACCUGCUUCGCUUCUCCCCUUGGCUUAGUGGUCUGUCAACCUGUCUUGAUUUGCUCCAACCAAGAGUUUGAUUGGUAAACCAACAACAAACCUAGUUUCACUUUGUGGUUUGUUUUGGAGCAAAACAAAUCACGUUCCGCUGCUCAGUCAUAAUGUUAAGCCCAGAGAUUGUGGUUUCUUGCUCUUGGCUUGUGCUAAUGGAGGAGGAGUAAAUCAGCAGCUAUAGGUUAAUUAUGGUUCACCAUGAUGUGUGAAUACUGCCAUUUUCACUUUCAGUGUUAAAUACAUUGGGGGGGGGGGUAUUAUCUCCAGGAACUUGGACUGCAAUCCUGGGCCAGUUCAGAAAAUGGGCGUGAUGGUGUUAAGUUCCUGAUGGCGGCAGUUCCAAACUGACUGGCUUACACAUAGUUGACUGGUCAUUAUUCUUUGGCCCUUUCUAUUGGGUUGUGUGGGAAAUUCCACCACAAGUAGCUACUGGGAAAGGUUAGGCCCAAAGCUUGGAAUUUGUACCCCUCCCAACAGUUCUGUUCCUAGGCCCAUAAUUUUGUGCAUAAGAGAGAUGAAAGAGCAAUAUAAUUUACCACCAUGCUAUGCUAAGUUCCCUUUAUUAAUAAGGGAAGUGCUAACUAAUGAUGCCUUGCCAACAAAUCUGUAAAAAUUUUAUGCUACUACCAUCCUUGUCAUAUUUGGGGUACUUUAUGUGACUUACAUUCAAAAAUGAAACACGACUUUGAAAUUGUAUAGAAUGCUUUGGUAUCAGGGACAUGCUUCACUUUUAGAGCAACCUUCCUCAACCUGGUGCUCUCAAAAUGUAUUGGACUACAACUCUAGUCAGCGCCAGACAACAUGGAAGCGCACCAGGGUAAGGAUGGAAAAUGGGGAGAAAAAGCCCUUGGAUACAUUUGAAGUAAAGCCCCAUCUGCACCAUAGAUUUAAAACAACAUCAUACCACUUUAAACAGUUAUGGCUUCCUCCAAAGAAUUCUGGGAACUGUAGUUGAUUGCAGGUGCUGAGAGUUAUUAGAAGACCCCUUAUUCCCUUCAUAAAAUUCCUGGAAUUCUAUGGGAAGUGGUAUUGAUUGUUAACCUAGAAUUCUUUAGGGGAAGCCAGGACUGUUUAAAGUGGUAUGAUACUGGUUUUGCUUUAUAGUGCAGAUGGGAGUUGAGUCUUGAAAAGGGCAACUAGGAUAGUAUAUCACUUUAUUUCAUUAUAGAUUUUGGUGGUCCAGAAGCACACAGUGCAAGUAGAUAAAUAGGUACCGCUCCGGCAGGAAGUUUCCGUGCGCUGCUCUGGUUUCGCCAGAAGCGGCUUGGUCAUGCUGGCCACAUGACCUGGAAAAACUGUCCGUGGACAAACGUUGGCUCCUUCGGCGGAGAUGAGUGCUGCAACCCCAGAGUCCUCUGCGACUGAACUUAACUGUCAGGGGUCUCUUUACCUUUACUAUAUUCAUGCUGAUUUGUGAAGCUAAAACUGCUGGGUUUGGGAACUCUGUUUUUCCUGAUCCUUAAAGGAUUUUAAGAGGUAUUAACCACAGACCCUGAGUGCUUAACGGGUGAUUUGUCAACACUUUGCUAACACAGCAUGCUUCACAAGUUGAAAAGAGUGUAGAUUUACUGUAAAGACUGCUUCUGGCAUUCCCCACCCCUUCAAAGUGGCAAAUCUUUGUGUUGAAUGUUUUAGGGCAGAUGCUAUUUCUAAAUAUAAGAGUCUAUUUUAAAAAAAAAAUUGUUUUUAUCUGGUAGUGGAAUGUUCAUACAUUCUGUAAGCAUACACAUUUUAAUUCAAAUAUUUCUAUUUAAUUUGGAUAGUUAAAAUCAUUAGGACUAGCAGCUGGAGCCCUGAAGGCAAAGAACUGAAAAAUGAAUUGCAUAUUAACAUUUCUUUUUAAAGCAAGGUCAUUGUCAUACUUCUUUGCUUGAAAGCUGCUUCCUGCAUCAGCCACUGCUGCUUUUCUUCAACUUUCCCUUCUGGGCUCCACUAUAUUUCUUAAAUAAAUGUAACUGUUCAUAUGCGAGUGAGGUGAACCUUUCUUGUUCCUCUAAAAAAAUUCCCCCUCAAAAGCAUUGUCACUUGUAAUAUUACAGUUCAUAUCCUGUUGAUCUUCUGUGAGUUGUUACACCUAUAUUGCAAAGGAUGGAUAAUUUGAUAUCUCUUUUAAUAUUGCUGUCCUAAUAAUGUACAGCAUGGUUUUAUGUGACAUUACUGUUUCAUUGUUUUCUUCUUAUAGAAGAGUCUGUUGGUUUUUUUGUAUAACAUGUUUUAAUAAAUGUUAUCUGUCUUUUCCCCCC